AUGCGUUCUCCUCUGCUGUGGCUAGCAUUAGUUCUGGGUCACGUGCUUUCGUCUCUUUCUCAACAGGACAACGGUAUCGUCGGUGAUCCUCUAGUUGACUGUGCUGAUAGCUAUUUUGAGGUCCGGUUUGAGACACGUAAUCCAUUUCGUGGUCUGGUAUUCGUACAGGAUCGUCUCGAUGAUCCUCAUUGUCGUAGCCCUCCAGCGAGUCCAAGUGGUCUUCAAAACGCUAGCUUACGUCUAGCAUUCAAGGAAUGCGGAGUGGAACGACGAAUAUCGGUGAGCUCAAUGGAGAAUUACUUCUAA